AUGUCGCAUGCAGCUGACAGCAAGAGUUAUGCUCGUGUGGGGCAUGAACUGGCCGAGCAACAAGGACGCCCUGCGAGAAGAGAUGAAAUAUAUGUUAGAACACACACGCAUAAGAACAAAGAAGGGGAUAUUGUGCCUCUACCUGGAGCAGAAAUAUUCAUUAAUAAAUUUGAAGAAGCUGUUGCUGAGAACCCAGAACUGAAGGACAGAAGUAUUGAAGAUGGUGAUUUAUAUGCACAUGUUUUUGGAGAGAAAGAACCAAGAGGUCGUAUUCGUGGUUUAGGCUUAGGACCAACUCCACAAGAUGUAGGCACCCCUGGAACUCAAAUGAAAAUAUCAAUAAAGCUUCAAAUGGCAUUGCAAGCUCGCAGUCAGUCUGAGCAAGAGGUUAGAGCCUUAAGACAGGAUAUGAAUCAAAUGAAAGAAAAAAUGGAUCAAAUUUAUCAAAUGAUGGUAGCAGCUCAAGGGGUGCAACAUAUAGAAAGCCCAUCACAACAUGGGUCUAAUUCUCGACAGAACUCAAGGGUGCAUCGUUCAGAUGAGGUAGCACAUGAUUACAAUGGUAAUAACCAUUCACAAAAUAUGGUUGAAGAUGACUUCCAACUUACUAGGCGAGUUGCAAGCACUAUGGGUCGUCUAAGGAAUCGUGAAGAUGUUAAUACUAUUGAAGAGCAAAGUCACAGGCGAGACAUUGCAACAAUGGUACCUCAAAGAAAUCAUGGAUCAUCUCAAAAUGCAGAUGAUAAUCCUGUUGGUAAAGAAGUGAUAUUAUAUUCUAUGAUGAGAUCAGAAGUUCCUGUUGCAAUAGCAAAUAUUAUCUCAACCGACCCAACCAUUAAGGUGGGAGAUGUUCCUCUUGGAAGGGAGUUCACACAGGAAAAGGUGCUGGAAGCACAAAUGAUCGGAGUUGAUUCUUGA